CAAUUGACCCCUUAAGGAGUUAUUGCCCUUUAUAGUCAAUGUUUAACAAUUUUCAUUAAGUUGGUAAAUGUAUGUAAAUUUUUACCAAAUAUAGUUCUCUGUUACUAAUGGACAAAGUUCAUUAUAGAUAUAAUUGUAAGAAGCAAAAUCGUUCAGUAAAAUAAGAACUUCAAACACUUCACCAUUACCAAAAUACAAUUUUGUCAUGAAUCCAUUUGUGUCCUUUGUUUAAUAUGCACAUAGACCAAGGUGAGCGACACAGGCUCUUUAGAGCCUCUAGUUUGAUAUAGCCAUAUAUUUUACCAAUAAAUGUGAACUCACAGUUUACAUUAAAUUUUAUAAUUCAAAGGUUUAGAUAUACUACAAGUGUACUCUAGAAGGUGGUAAAAUAACAAAAUCUUAAAAUCAAAUGAAAUAUAAAUGAUCGCUCCAUUGAUACAUAAAAUUAAAUUAGAUAAAAUUAAUGAACAAAUCUUUCAAGCUUACCUGGCCCAAAUAACCUCAUGUGAGCUUAUACCAUCAAUUAGCGUCCGCCGUCGUCGUCUGUCAUCGUCUUUCGUCGUGAACUAUUUCAAGAAUCUUCCCCUUUGAAACUACAGGGCCAAAUACCUUCAAUUACAUGUUUCGUAGGGUAUCUAGUUUAUAAAUUGUAUCCGAAGAUUUGAUCCAUCAAAAAACAUGACCGCCAUGGCUAAAAAUAGAACAUCGGGGGCAAAUGCAGUUUUUAGCUUACAUCUCAAAAACUAAAGAUAUAGAGCAAAUCUGAAAUCGGGUAAAAUUGUUCAAUUGGUCAAGAUCUAUCAGCACUGAAAUUUCCGAACGUAUCGAACAACCGAGUGUUAAGUUGUUGCCACUAAAUUGGUAAUUUUAAGGAAAUUUUGCAGUUUUUGGUUAUUAUCUUGAAUAUAAUUAUAAAUAUAUUUAACUGUAAACAGCAAUCAUGUUCAGCAAAGUGAGAUCUACAAAUAAAGUAAAUGACCAAAACUGGCAAUCGUCCCCAUAAGGAGUUAAUGCCCUUUAAAGACAAUUUUGCACAAUUUGUUCAUCAUGGUUGUUAACAUUUAAACAUGUUUUCCUCUAAAACUGCAGGGCCUGAAACUUUUAAACUUAAGUUAUCUAGUUAAUAUAUUGUAUCCGAAGUUUUGAUCCGUCAUCAAACAUGGCCGCAAAGGCUUUAAAAUAAAACAUAGGCGUCAAAUGCAGUUUUUGGCUUAUAUGUCGAAAACUAAAACAUGUAUCUAGCAAAUCUGUUCGGAUAUGAAUGUUCAACUAGUCUUGACGGUCUAUCAUUCCUGAAAUUUUCAGACUAACAAAACAACCCAUUGUUGGAUUGCAGCCACUUAAUUGGUAAUUUUAAGGAAAUUUUGCAGCUUUUGGUUAUGAUCUUAAAUAUAAUGGAAAAUAAAGAUAAACUGUAAACAGCAAUAAUUUUCAGCAAAGUAAGAUCUACAAAUUAGUUCCAUGAACAAAAUUGUCAAUUGACCCCUUAAUGAGCUAUUAUUCUUUAAAGGCAUUUUGUCAUAAUUUGUUCAUCUAGUUGGCUUACUUUAAAAAUCUUCUUCUUUGAAACUGCUGAAUCAAUUCAGCCAAAGUAUCUAGUUUAAAUUUAUGUAUUUUAUGUCCUUGAAAGUCGAGAAACAUAGUCUCUAUGAUGGCAUUUUGAAGCCUCAUUAACAUAUAUUGAAAAGCAAAAAUAAUCAUUGAUAAAAGAUGUACGCAAAACAUUACAGCCUGUCAGGUGAGCGAUUCAGACUCUUGAUAGCCUCCUGAUUUAUAUUCAGGUUAUUUAAUAUAACUCUACCAUUUCUACGUAAGAUCAAUGAUUCAAGUUAUUGAAUGACGAACAGGCAAAAUUUUGAAACCUACGAUAUUCAAAAGGUAUAUUUGUUCCAAGUUUGCUUUUCUCACGCGAAGAGGUAUUUAGUAAAAUAUCAUCGCUUUCACUUUUGAAUUGGUAAUCGACAUGAAGAUUUCCGCUUUGUUCGUUUUGUUGUUCGUCAAAUUUGCUUUUUCGAACCCUGAUCAUUCAAAGUUCAAACGAUUGAGCAAUGGCGGGAAAAGUGAUCCUUUGACGUGGUUUAUCCUACAAAAAUUCAGUGCUCUAGGCAAAACAUUGGAAAACUUACGAGAUGUUGUGGACGAAAACAGAAAAACCGCUCAGAAAAAGAACAGUAUUCUACAAAAUAAACUUCAGAAACUUGAAUCAAAUCUUGAAAUUUCUAAACCUCAAAAUAAUGAUGAUAAAUUGAUAAAGCAGAUUGAAGAUUUUAAAAAAAAUGGUAAGAAGAUAGAGACCAUUGCAAUCAAAAAUGGAAAGGAACUUGAUUCGUUUCGGAAAGAGAUAGAUAUCAUUAAAAAUGGAAUGGUUAAGAAAGCAAAAUUUGGACAACUCGAAAAUAAAGUACGCACAAUUCAGCAAAAUGUUCGACAAAUUCAAUCCCAGAUGACGAAUUUAAGAAAAAGUUCAAUAGCGUUCUUUGCAUUCUUAAAAAACGACCUGUAUGCAGUUGGAAGUGAGGUACUGAAAUUUGCUGAUGUGAGGAUAAAUAAAGGAGGUGCCUUUAAUCCUUCGACAGGAGUGUUCACAGCUCCAAAGCAAGGAAUUUAUCAAAUGUCCUGUACUAUAAUGGGUUUUGCAGGAUACGAAUUUUAUUAUUUGAUUAUGAAAAAUGGCAGCAUUUACUCAUAUGGCACCACGAGUAGUGGAGGACAUUGGAACACUGAGACUUCCCUCAUUUUGAUGAAUCUUAGAAAAAGUGACAGAGUGUACAUAAAACACAGACACGGAGCGUCAAGAGUUCACGCCAACAAAAACAGCUAUUUUUCAGGAUAUUUAAUAUCAGGUUAAUAAAAAUCCGACCAAAUUAUUAAAUUCAUUAAU